AUGGCCCCCUCACAGCCUUUGGGAGUUAUAUCUCCCGAAGAUCAGUCAGGCCUGAUCCUCAUCCUGACCUCGUUGUCGCUAUGCUUCGUUCUCGUCGCCUAUGCGAUCCGCAUCUAUAUCCGUGUACCGCAGAGGUUGUGGAAGUGGGACGACCACGUUUUGACGGCUGCCACAACUUCCCUCGUCUUUUAUGCCGUUCACCUGGGCCUGGGACAUCGGAAGGUAUUCGAGGGCACUGCUCCCAACAGCGACUUGGUCAAGAAGGUACGAAAACCAGUUGUCAACGGGGAAAGGAAAGAUGUGCUGAAGCGCGAACCCCAGUACUAUUAUGCAAAUGAUUUUUUCUACCUCAUCGUCCUGCUUUUCUCCAAGCUGGCCGUGUGCUUUCUCUUCCUGAGGUUGACACGCCGACGGGGACAUGUCGUCGCGAUCUACACCACCAUCGGGCUUUGCGGCGGCUGGUUUCUCCUGUCGAUCCUUUUGAUCAGCAUUGGCUCCUCGUGGGAGCAAGCCUUCUUUACUCCGUUUGGCAGAUGGCUCGCCAUCGGCAUCACGGAUUCGAUCACGGAGCUGGUCUUUGUCCUGUUUGCAGGAUACCUGGUCAGCGACCUGCGCAUGAGCAAGGUUCAGAAAGCCACCGUGGUGUUUGCAUUUGCUCUUCGGUUGCUCGCUGUCCCCGCCUGCGGAAUCCGUCUGUACUACCUCAACCCGUCCACCUUAACCGAUAACCGCAGCUUGUCCCUCUCCUUGGCCAUCGUCUGCACACAGAUCCAGCUUGGCUACGGGGUGAUGGCAGCCUCAAUCACGGUUCUGAAACCCUUCAUGGCCGUCUACGAGAAGCCGAUGGGUUACUCGGGCUACACCAGCCAUCCGGGGAAGAACUACGCGACCAACAACAGCGAGCACCUGUCGUUCAAGAUGCAGACCGUCCCGCGGUCCGGCGAGGUCAUGUCGGACGGACUGGCUUCGCACGCCGUCACCUUCGACCCUACCCAGCCGACGUUCUCGUCGCGCAUUCCCACGGGGCAGAAGGAGAAGAGAGGAAGCGGCAGUGGACACGACAGGAAUGACAGCAUACACAGCCAUGACAGCCGGCGGCUGAUCAUUGAGCGCAAGACAGAUUGGUCGAUCCGGUAUGAAGAGGCGGAGAGCCACAAGAGCAACGUCAGCGAGGGCGCGGCGUCAGUCUCUGACCGCUGAAGACCACCCUUAUAGCCCCGCUGGUGGACACGACACAACGCUCUAGGGGGGCGGACACUACGAAACAGACGGAACGGAUCUUUUGGAUGGCGAUGACAGCGCUGGAGUUCUAGGGACUUGUAACCAUAUCUACAGUACGUAUCUUGGGUGCCGGGACCGGAUGGAUCGGGUUGGGUUGGAAUACCACGGGACGGAAUGGGAUGGAAUGAACAGCAAUUGCUCAUUCCAACUCUGAGACCUUAAGAAACGGGGCUCAGAACGCAGGCAAUCUACUCUAUGUGCUUUGUGCUGAUGUAUACCGUGGUUGGGUUGUGCAUAGGCGCUGACCAACGUCGCCGAUGGAGUACGAGCACCAAGGAGGUAUACAAAUGACGAUGACUUGGGAUAGG